UGGCGCCAUAAAAGCCAAGCCAAGCCACCACCCCCUCUACUACCUGCUUGCUACUACUCUCCAUCCCAUCCCAUCCCAUCCCAUCCCGCCCUUUGCUUCUCACCUGCUACUGCUGUCGUCACCGGCCUCGCCUCCCAACCGCACCCGCCGGCGCCUCGCCUCGCCUCCUGCUUGCUGACCGGAAGGCGGAUUCACUGACUCACUGGAGGAGCAAGAGGCUUGAGCUGCUGGUCGAUCGCUCUCCGCUCCGGGCAAGCAAGCCAUGGAUCCGUCGUCGGGCGCGUUCCUGCCGCCGCAGCCGCAGGUGGGCUCCUUCUCCUUCCCCCGGAGCUCCAGCAACGUGUCGCUGUCGUCACUGGCCAGGAGCGCCAGCGGCGGCAGCGCCGGACGCGGGAGGGGCGCCACCAGGGGCAGGAGGAUGAUGCGCAGGGUCUGCCGCGGCGUCAUCACCUUCAUCUUCGCCAUCGCAACUUUGCAGGAUGGAUUCCACGCCGACCUUCUCUCAUCCCCUCAACUUGGGUGUCCGAUUUCGGCGUGUGCCUGCCAUCUUGCCUAACGUUCUGGAUUUUAUUUAUUUUUUGGGCUUUUCUGUCCCAUGUUCUAGUAAUUCGGUGCAAAAAAAUUCGGCUUUUUAAUCACCGGCCUCUCAACUUUCAGUUGAUUCUGUCUGUCCUUUUUUCCCCCCUAUCUCCUUCUUCAUUCAUGAUUUAACACGGUUCCAGCUUUCACCUGUUAGUACUACUAAACUAGAUCGUUGGAUUGGUUACAACCUCCCAACUUCACAACCACCUUCUUUUCGCUGACGCCACCACAAGCAGCCUCUCUUUUCGCUCCCAAUGUCUGAAACAUAUUGAGAUUUGAGAGCCAUGUUCUUCCCCGCCACUGAACACUGAUUACUGAAGCUGGCACAUUUUUGGCCUCAAACAUACGAAUUGAUGGAUGGCUCUGAUUGUAUAUGCUUAAUUUGGCGCAUUAAUUAAUUCCAUAGACCAGUCAUCUCUCUUCUUUAUACUAAGCAACUUGAUUUAUGCAUGUUGAUACUGCAAAUUAAUUCGAAACCACUGAAGAAGCAAGCAAGCUCAUUCGAUGCCUGCGUGCAUGCAGCUGGUCUGUUCCUGGGAGCCGUGACCGGCGGCCUGAUCGGGCUGGCCACGGAGAGCGGCCUGUUCCGCGGCACCGGCAUCGGCGCCAUCACCGGCGCGCUCGUCUCCAUCGAGGUCGUCGACUCCUCCAUCCGGCUGUGGCAGGCGCGCCGCUCCGGGAUCUGGAGCAUCCUCUAUGUGCUGAACGUGAUCUACAGCCUCCUGACCGGCAGGCUCGUCCGCGAGAAGGUCGACCCGGCGGUGCAGCGGGUGGUCCGGAGCCAGAUGAACGCGGUGGACUCGUCGCCAUUCAGGGAGUCUCCGGACCUGUUCGAGGUGGAGGCCACCAACGGCAUGCCGCGGGCGUCCAUCGACAAGCUCCCCGAGUCCUGGAUCACCGAGGAGUACAAGCGCGACGCCGUCGGCGACCCCUCCGGCUGCUCGGUCUGCCUCCAGGAUUUCCAGGUUGGGGAGAAGGUGCGGAGCCUGCCGGAUUGCUGGCACGUGUUCCACGUGCCGUGCAUCGACGGCUGGCUGAUCAAGCACGGGUCCUGCCCGCUCUGCAGGAGGAAGCUCUAGACGCCCCGACGCCAUGGAUGCUGCUUGCUGCGAGUCGAUGUGCCCUUGUGCCCCACUGCUGCCUAGGAUGAGGAGAGGAGCUGGAGGAGGAAGAGACUGACAUCUAUAGAACCCUUAAUUUAUAUAGAGCUUUUUUUUCUUUUUUGCUUCUGCUGCUGCUUGUACGUGUUCUACCCUUUCUCUUGCAUCUUUUUUGAUCUAUAUAUAAUGUCUUCCUCUCUCGUUCGUUCUCCCCUGAUCAUGUAAUAUACUACGUCUGCUGUUGCUGCUGCUGCUGAAAACGGAAAACCCUUGGACCGGCCGGCUUGUGCUUCGAUCUGCUGUAAUUUAUAUAUAUUACUUCUAGUUUGUAUAUCAUCGGUCUUGAACA